AUGGCUGGGAUCACCGUGGUGUCCAGUUCAUCACCAGUUAGGGUGAGAUUCAGUAGCAGUUCCUCCACAUUGCUCUUCCGAAUAGCCGGUUCGUCAACGUUCGGAUUUGAAAUUGAUGCACUUGUAACAGAUACAGCUGCAGGUGUCAAGGCAUCCACACCUAGAACAGCCGGAUCACAAUCGCUUGAACUCGACGACACGUGGCUUGUGACCUCACCAACGAUUGCCGCCUGUAAUGGUUUAUUAUCUCCCUACACCGUAAGGGAACUACCCCGAUCCCUUUUGGUCCACGGGGGAUUCAAAGAUCCCCAAGGUUUCCACGAAGUGCAGAGAAAAGUUGACCUGGGUCAGUUCUACUCUGUACAUAAUGGAGACCCCUUCCCAUACGCCACCCGGGAAGACGCGCCUAGACCAUUUAAAAUUCAUUUGAAUAUAUUUCAGGUAACACCCGACAUGGCCCACCUAAUAAAUCCCUAUUGGAAUCAAUUUCCUCCCAUGGAUCGGAUGUGGUAUAAUUUGUUGACUUUGUAUAUGCUAGCCAUAGGCAUAAUAUCGUGGUGUGGUAAUGGCGUUGUCAUCUACAUUUUCUCCACAACAAAAUCUCUUCGCACACCAGCCAAUUUGUUGAUCAUUAAUUUGGCCCUAUCCGAUUUUGGAAUGAUGCUGUUGAACACACCGAUGAUGGGUAUUAAUUUAUAUUAUCGCACUUGGAUUUUGGGACCAAUGAUGUGUGAUGUUUAUGCCGGAUUGGGUUCGGCAUUCGGUUGCAGUUCAAUAUGGUCAAUGUGUAUGAUAUCGUUGGAUCGUUAUAAUGUCAUUGUGAAGGGUAUGGCUGGACAUCCGAUGACCAUAAAGUGGGCGAUAAUUAAGAUCCUAUUCAUCUGGUCUUUGGCAAGUGUAUGGACUGUGGCACCCGUUUUUGGAUGGAGUAGAUAUGUACCCGAGGGCAACUUAAUCUCAUGCGGCAUAGAUUAUUUGGAUCGUUCCUGGAAUUCACGAAGUUAUUUGAUGUGCUACACCAUAUUUGUCUACUAUAUACCAUUGUUCUUGAUCUGCUACUCAUAUUGGUAUAUUAUUGCGGCUGUCUCGGCCCAUGAGAAGGCAAUGCGUGAGCAAGCCAAAAAGAUGAAUGUUAAAUCGUUGCGGACCUCCGAUGAUGAUGAAAAAUCUGCCGAGGGUAAAUUGGCCAUCGUGGCAUUGGUUACGAUCUCCUUGUGGUUUGUGGCCUGGACUCCAUAUCAGGUGAUCAACACAUUGGGUUUAUUUAAAUAUGAGGGUCUGACGCCAUUGAAUACGAUUUGGGGUGCCUGUUUUGCCAAAUCCGCAGCUUGUUAUAAUCCCAUUGUCUAUGGUAUCAGCCAUCCAAAGUAUCGUGCUGCUUUAAAGGAAAAAUGUCCUUGCUUCGUGUUUGGCAGUGUGGAGAAGACCAAGGCAAAUGAUGUUUCCUCACAGACUACCACAACUGAAACGAAGGCUUAA